GGCAGAUGCUCCAAUUCUUCUGCUGCUUGUCACGACCUAGGCGAGGAAGCAGAAAAUUCCGUCGUGGACCACCACCGGAAACAAACAAGCGCACUGAACCAGGGCUUGUCCUGCUAGGUGCUCGUUUCACCCACCGAUUUCCCCCCUCCAUUUUACCCCAUCUAGAGCUUGUGGUUUUCUCAAUCUACACGCCUUGACGGGCGAUAAACCACAACGGCAAGAUGUCUGUCGCCACCAAGAACCUCUACGACCUCCUCGGCAACGACAUCGAGGAGGACGAGCCCCGCCCUCUCGUGAAGCCCGUCGAGAAGACCUCGACCCACACGGUUAAGCGCAACACGGAUGGCCUCCCGCCUUCCAAGGGCCCGGCCACCUCCGGCAACCGUCGGGGCGGCGCCAAAGUCAGCGGUAACGAGGCUGUCUUCCGCGAUCGCGACGCUGGACGGGAGUCCAACCGUGCUAAGCCCACGGACGCGCCCCAGCGUGGCGGUCGCCGUGGCGGCUUCCGUGAGCGCGGUGAUCGUCGGCCCUACAGGAGCGCUCCUCACAGCAACUCUGAAAAGCAGGCUGAGAAGUCCUGGGGCGCCGCCGAGGGCGAGUCCGAGCUGAAGGAUGAGAAGGCCGGCGCCGAAAUCGCCGAGUCCGAGAAGAAGGCUGACGAGGAAGGUGGCGAGGCCGAAACCAAGGAGGAGGGUCCCGAGGAGAAGCAGAUGACCUACGACCAAUACCUCGCCCAGCUCGAAGAGAAGAAGGUUGACGCCGAGCUGCGGGUGCGCAAGCCCAACGAGGGCGUCAAUGACUCUAAGUGGAAGGAUUUCACUCCCCUCAAGAGGGAUGAGAACGAGGACUACGUCCCCAGCACCGGCGGCAAGACCAAGCGCGAGCGUGAGCGCAAGGCCAAGCAGUACAUUGAGAUCGAUAACCGCUACAAGGAGCCUGAGCGCCCCCGUGGCGGCCGUGGCGGCCGUGGCGGUGCCCGUGGCGAUGGUGGCCGUGGCCGUGGCCGUGGUGGUGCUCCCCGCGGCGGUCGCGGUGGUCGCGCCCAGGAGGCCGCGCCGAUCGACACCAACGACGAAACUGCCUUCCCCAGCUUGGGCGGCAACUAAAUUCGCACAAACUUUGAACAACUCCGCGGGAACCGGCCACUUGUUCUUGUUCCCUGGGAUUGCGGAAUCAACGGGGCAAUGAAGGAUAUGGGAUUGGCGGGAAUCGGCAUGUGCAUUGGCCGCGGAUCACACCUGGUCUUCUGGAGCAAUACCUUACCGCGUCAGGAAAGGUUAAACCACUGGCUCACGAUACUUCUCCCAAAAAAAAACAAUGAAAGUUUCUUUUUCUCUUCAAACGAAGGCUGGCCGUUGGGUUUCUCACAGAAUUGCCUCAGCGUGCGUUCCUCACAAUUUUGUUGGCCGCUGGAGAAGGUGAGGUGGUGAGGAGGGAUUGCCGCGGAGCUUCCCCAGUGGCCAUAUCUGGUAUCCAUGUACUGUAUUGAUAAAGCCGGCUGAUCUACAGCUUCCACCUUCCGCCGUUCUGAGCUUGGCAGUUCCGAGGAAGCAGUGCUUCGAAUGCCGGUGUGCGACUGGCUUGUGAGUGU